UGAAAAAGAUAUCCGAAAUUAUAAAACUUAUGAUAUUCCUUCAACGGUCGAUUCCCGACCUGAUAUAUCGCAAACCAAACCUUCAACCCGAAAAAUUUCAAUCUGUUUAGGUAUUUUUAGUUUAUUGGCAUUACUAGUUUUAUCUUUUUACAAUUUUGGCGAUUAUGACGAUGUUACGAGAAUCCCUAAACGCUAUCAAUUAUUCAGAGACAAUUAUGAUAGUUUUGAUUACAUUAUCGAAUCAUCUUUUUUUGCAUCAAAAAACAAUGAGUUAACUAUGAUUCAGGAUGUAAAGCAUGCUGACGAUGUCAAUUCUUUGACUCAAAAUUUUAACCUGAAUUUGAAUGCAUCUUCACCAAACGUUACCUUUUCAAGUAUGACUUAUGCAAUUAUUAAACAAAUUGAUAGACAACUUGGAAAAUAUCAAAUUCAAGAAUUUUUUUAUCAAAAUAGUGUAGUUUAUUAUGAUUCGCCAGUAACAUCAGGUUCUUACAUUAAAAACACCUGGCCUAUAAUAGUUGAAAUUUCUUUCAAGGCUUCAAACAAAAGUCUUAAUCCAUCAGCAGUGGAAGCAUGCAAUUUUAGGAUUGUUUUUGUUAAAAAGGGUUUCUUUAAUGAUUUUGAUGGGUAUAUUGAACGAAGAUGCAGUAGAGCUAGAGAGUAUAAUUUUUAUCUGGUCUCUCAAGUCAAAGGAAAUACUGAUUCGGGUUUGAAGUUUUUCCAAGGUGAAAAUAUGUUUGCGACAGUUUCUAACAAGUCACUGAAUAGAGAAAUGAGAAAUGUUGUGGUUGAAGAUGGUGCUACAUUUCCAUCACUUAUUCCAGCUUUAUACGCUAUUUAUUAUGACUACCUUAAGAUGAAACGCCAAGCACGUGAUAUCACUAGAAUUCCGAAUAAUUAUCAAUUGUUGAGAGAUAAAUUGAAUAUAAAUAAUUAUGAAAUCCAAUCAACAUCGAUCAUUUCUCCUUAUAAUGAUAUCAAUAACACCUCGUCCACUAUUAGGGCUAUGAUAAAAGCUAUUAAAUAUCCAUCAGGAAAAUAUUCUGUUCGAGAAUUUUUUUAUGAAACUAGUGUUGAAAAUUAUCCAUACACAUUAAUAACAGCAAACUCGACAAUUCAAGAUAAAUGGCCUGCAAUU